UGUUUAACCCUUCCUAUGGCAGACGCCAUCGGAAAAAAUGUGCCAUGGUGGCAGCCUCCCGCUCCGGUCAUGAUAAAAUAAACGCUUAGCUGGCAGGCGACCGGAACGGUCAGUAAUUUGAUGCCGCUGUUUUCAUUCGAAAAGCGCACUUUAAAACACGUUCUGCAGUGUUCUAACGCAUACAACUGCUAGAACGUUAAACAAAGACAAAAUAUAGACGCUUUCUUAAGUAAACUUACAUAUGUUUUUAAGAAAAAAAACCUCAUUGUUCCGGACUUGCUAACGCGGAGUAGUUGGAAGUGUUUGUGCGUCUAUUUUCAAGUGUUUUUAAGUGGUUGACGACAGUAUAACGAGAUAAAGUUUUGAAAAAGCGAUGGAAAGGACUGAAUAUUGGAAAUCACAAGCUCGGAAAUACUGUGAAUUUUGUAAAUGUUGGUUUGCUGACAAUAAAGUUUCAACAUCAUUCCACGAAAAUGGCAAAAAACACAAAGAUAAGGUCCAAGAACAUAUUUCGAAACUUAGUAAAAAAAGUGCAAAAGAUUUCAAACAAAAAGAAAAAAUGGAUGAUGAAAUAAAAAAAAUGGAGGCUGCUGCUAUGACUGCAUACAUAAAAGAUGUUCAGAACAAUGCAGAUUUAACUUCACAGAAUAUAAACCAAAUGUUGGGGGGAGAUGGAAGUAAUAAAAGCAACCCAAAAAUUGUGGCCAGCGAGAUAGGAACCAAAUCUGAACCUAUUUGGCAUGAAGUGAAGAAUCAAGAUGGUAGCUCUUAUUACUGGAAUACAAUUACAAGUGAAACAACAUGGGAACAACCUGACGAAUAUUUUUCAAUUGUUGAACAAGAAAAGAAAAAACAUAAAGAAGAGCAAGCAGAAAUAAAGAAACAAAAUUUAAAAAAAGAAAAACACAAGGAAGCCAUUAAAGAAGUCAAAGCACACAUGGCACGCGAGAAGAUGAAGGAGAGAGCAGUGAAAAAGGAUGAAUCGGUGCUAACCAAGAGUGCAGUUGACUAUGGUCCGGCUCCGCGCGCCUCAAAACCGUAUGGAACAUGGACAGAAAUUGUUAAAGAACCAGCAAAAACCGUUGACCUUCAGCUACCGAAGACAAAAGAGUUACCUCCGCCACCAGUUGUCGUGGAACCUGAAAAGUUUCAAUUCAAGGAGAAACGUGUCGAAACCCUGGGCGAAGGCCCCGUCGAGUUCAAAAAACGAAAGCUUAAUAAUCCAAAGCGUAACAUGAGACAGAAAGUAGACGAUGAGUAAUUAUUAUUAUGAAUAAAAAAUAUUUUUUUAAUUU